AAUUGUUCUAACAUUGUUAUAUAUGAUAGAUUGAUAGUAAUAUAAUUUCUUUGAAAAUUUCUAUUGAUGCAGAUUGAGUAUCCUGAGAUUGAAGACCUUGCAAAGCCUAGGCAUCGAUUUAUGUCCUCCUAUGAGCAGAGGGUGCAACCAUUUGAUAAAAGAUAUCAGUAUCUCUUGUUUGCAGCUGAACCAUAUGAAACAAUUUCUUUCAAGGUCCCUAGCACAGAGAUUGACAAGUCCACGCCAAAGUUUUUCUCGCAUUGGGACCCAGAUUCCAAGAUGUUUACGCUGCAGCUGUAUUUUAAAAUCAAACCACCAGAGGUAACCAAACCACAACCACCUGCAUCUACUCCCAAUGGCACCACAUCACCCGGUGUUCCUCCAAGGCCAAUGCCCCCAGCAUCACAAGCUCCAUUACCACCACCACCUCCUCCCCAAGGGCUGCCUCCUGGCGCACCUUUGGGAAAUCCUCCUCGAGCCCCUCCACCUCCAAUGUCAGGAUCAAUGCCUCCACCACCUCCUAUGUCUGCAAAUGGUCCCAGACCUGUACCCGGUGCAAUGCCACCUCUUACACCUCCAGCUCCCCUUGGCGCUCGACCUCCAUCAAUGCCACCUCCGCAAGGUUUUCCAGGCCAAGAAAUGCAGAGCUAGGGCAUCUGUUUGCCAAUUGCACAUGACCUACCCAGUCCGCAUGGCAGUAUGCUGAUUAGUAUCGUGUGUUAAAUAGUUGUAGUUGGACGCGCCUUAUCCACUGGGUCUCAGUAUAUUUGUUAUGUCAGAUGCUAGUUUUCAUAAACAAUACCCCAAAUUGGCAAUACAUUGUUUAUUGCAUCUCAUUUUUGCAACUUACAAAUUUAUACAUUUGAUUUGCAGUAUCAAGUUGUUUGGUAUUUAAUGUUUAUGUUGACCAUCUUUCACUAAAUGUGGUUCUCCAAUCCCAAGGUAUAGAUGGAAAUGUUUUGGUUUGUACCGUAGCACAAGAACAUCCAUAGGCAUCCGUGAUAAUUAAUGUAAUAACAUUGUUGCUUUAUCAUUAUUUGCUUACUUAAAUAUUUUGUGCAUCA